AAACAUGAACAAAGAGCAUAUCGUGAAUUAAUUACCGAACCAGUUAUAUUCACACCUGAUUAUAAUCAAGUUAUUAACCAUUCAGCAUUACCAGCUGUAAAAGAUGAAUUAUCAAUUACACUAAAUAUAAAUGUCUUAAGCCAUGGUCCUGAUGAUCUUGGUUGGCAUAUGGUUUUUUAUAAAGGUAGAACGGAAGCCAGCCGUACGCCUGCACUCUGGUUAAAACCGAGUGAUUCAACUCCGUGUUUACGUCUCUCGAUUACUGAUAAUUUUACCAUUGGAAUUGAUAUGGAUGGUUAUGGAUUAUUACUUAACCGAUGGUACCAUAUAGCGUACACGCUUUCAGACUCCGAAAAGCGAAUAUAUUUCUAUAUAGAUGGUAAAUGGGUUGGAUCUUUCAGUCUCAAAAAUCCUCAGAUAGAAUCUAUCAUAUUUAAUGAUGGUCCAUUAUAUAUUGGAGAUCACCUCGGAUGGAAUGGGAUUACUGGAAAAAUUAGCAAUUUUCGUUAUUAUAAUUUUCGUCUAUCUCACAAAGAAGUAUUAAUGGACUACUCAGGUAAAGAUCCGACAAAACUUAUUGAUGAUAAAUGUCCAAAUAAAUUUUUUGAUGGUUUAGGUAUUGGAUUUUUUUUUAGUAUGAUAGCAUUAUUAGUUUCUUGUCAGAAACAAGAAAAAAGAGCAUAUCGUGAAUUAAUAACCGAACCCGUUAAAAUCAAUUAUGACGAUAGACGAGUUAUUAGCCAUUCAGUGUUGCCAGUUGUAAAAGAUGAAUUGUCAAUUACACUAAAAAUAAAACUUUCAAACCUUUGUUCUGAUGAUUUUUGCAGAGUUUUUUAUAAAGGGGAUGACGAAACACCUAAACUCUUGUUAAAAUCGAGUAACUCAACCUUGUGUCCACGUCUAUCAAUUACUGAUAAUUCUAAUACUGGAAUUGAUAUUGAUGGUUAUGAUGGUAAAUGGGUUGGAUCUUUCAGUCUCAAAAAUAUUCAGAGUCAAUCUAUCAGAUUUAAUGAUGGUCCAUUAUAUAUUGGAUAUAAUCCCAAAGGCUGGCCUGGGAUUACUGGAGACAUUAGAGAGGUAUUAAUGGACUACUUAGUAAGAUUUCUUUUGAUUGACAUUCAUACAUUCGCUAGCAAUCAUUUAAGCUCACGGACAAUUACCGUAUUUCGCGAAUUUUCAUAG